AUUAUGAAUUGUAUUUCUAGCGAAAUUUAAGAUCGGAAUAUAAAUACUGCUCUAUAUAAAUAUCACCCUGUUCCAACGCCAAAUAUUCUUGAAUUGUUGAAAUAUCAAAAAUAUUCCGUGAAUAUAUCAGAAUUUAGCAUCAGCUGGAACGGCUCGACAUUUUAAAACUAUUUUAAAUCACUAAUGGUUUCUUUGUCCUAAUAAAAUGAUAAGAUCUUGCGAUCAUAUUUAAGAUGAUUUUCACAAGAUUUGAUUUUGAAUACCGUUCAUCAAGCGAAAUGCGAACGCAGUGCGAUACUGCGAUCAUGGCUACCGCUACCGCAAUCUUGUGAUCGAGGAUAGGAGUUACUUUAAUAUUUAUUUUUAGUAACUCUUUUCUUGUAUAUGAAUUAGUACAUAUAUAUAUAUAUAUCGUAAUAAUGGCGUCGGCGAGAGCGUUAAAUCACAUUCUUCAGAGGAGACACUUGAUCACCCAUAUGCCAAACACCUCGUACUGUCUCAGUGUUGUUCCCAGCAUUAAACACAGAAUUUGCUACUCGACGAAGAAAUCUGUGGCCAAGGUUGACUCCAACGAAACCAAUAAUCAGGUACAGAUUGGCACUGCAGAAGUAGUCAAGGAAAACCUGAAAUCUGCUGGAUAUCUUGGAGUGAUAAUAGGUGGCAUUGGGGUUACGGCUUUCAUGUUGUACGCCCUAUUUUCGGAGCUGUUCUCCAGCAAAAGCCCAUACGCCGUCUACAGCGAAGCCCGUGUCCGUUGCAUAGAGCAUCCGAAGGUCAUGGACAUUCUCGGGGCACCUGUGAAGGCCUACGGAGAGGAAACUCGACGUGGACGUAGGAGACACAUCAGUCAUAUGUAUUACAUUAAGAACGGCAUCAAGUACAUGAGAAUAAGAUUUUACGUGCAAGGAACGAGAAGGCAGGGAACGGUGUAUGCAGAAGUGAAGGAGAAUGCGUCUGGCAAUUACGAAUAUUCAUACCUGUACGUUACGGUGAAUCAUGUUGGAACGAUUGUGAUAGAGGACAACCAAGAUACUACGCGGCCAGAUCACGAAUCUACAUUGGAUUUUAUAUAAUCAAUAAGUGUACAAUAUAUACGGAUAUGUAAAUAGUGUUGUUAAGAUUAUAUAUGCAUUAAAAUUUGAUAUAAAAUGAAUAAUUUUUCUUAUAAUGGAAAAAUUUUUAUAUUCAUUUCUUGUAUAUUUUUAUUUUUGUAUUUUGAUUGAAUGAUAGAAGAUUGUUAAAAAUUAAUUAACUGUUGCCUCUUAAGCAAAACAUGAAAUUUGAUCUUCGAUUUGAUCGAGUCUUCCCAAAUAAAAGCUACAAUUGUUUAACACUUCA